AUGCAUUUUUAAUUAUCUUAAAACAUGAGCUUGGACUUAAGAAGUCCUAUAGAAGAUGGUGUCGAUGAUGACAUAAGCUCUACAGAAUAACUUAGUGAUGGAUCUGUUGAAUCAUUAGAAGAUCUCCUCCCUAAAAUUCAUUAAAAAUCAAACCCAUUUUGUAUUAUAGAAGAGAGGAUUAUUUCAUAUCUCAAACAGUUAAAUUUGGUAUUUAAAACUGAUCCAAGAAAAAAAGAGUUUGAAUAUAAGUAUUUUUUCUUUCUUACACUAGUGAAAAAUAAUAAAAAACUAUACCGCAGUUUCUAGGUUCUGUUGAGGGCUCACCUGCUUUAAAGAGCAUCAAAUUAAAAACUAAAUAAAUUAUGCAAAUUAAAAAAAAAUGA